AUGGUCGACGACAGCGGUGGUUCCGCGGACAGCGACGCCCUCAUCGGGAGCCCGACGCUGCGGCGAGGCUUGGAUGUCCAAGACGGGCUCGCAUGGGCUGGAUCCAGUGGAUCAGACAACAGUGACUCUGACUCAGAAUCUUCCUUUGAUUUCGACGACCAAGAGGAGGUUCUGAUGGAAGGAGCAGACGUUGCCACGCGCCGAGUGUUCACCGUCGUUGGCGUAUUUGACUCCUUCACAGACGCAAGAGUAACUAUGGUGGACGAGGACGACAAUGUUCACGCGUACGAAACUCGCUACCGGACAGACCGACUUCUUGCGCAUGUGUACCUGUGCCAGUCCCAUGACGGAUGUACACAUCGGUUCCGAAUCAAAUCGACCCUCGGUGACACGGUGCCAGCCACCUUUCAUCUCGAGCAGCCCGGCGAGCAUGGGCAGAUCGCAACUGGGGCCCGCCGUCGUGGUAUCCACCCCACGAUACGGGAAGAAGUGGACGCUCUUCUCAAUAGGGUGAUAUUUAUCACCUGUUACUUUAGCACUCUUCGGCUGUUGUGUCUCCAGCCCCUGUCCACCUGUCGUUAG